AUGGCUCUGCCAGGAACCAGCACCGCACGAAAACGCUUCGUAAGAUACCCUGGUGGGUGUGGAGCUACUCCAGCUGCCUGCCAAGGGACUGAUCUGAAGGUCACUGGGAUUGACUUUCUCAAGAGCCAGAACUCCCGCCAGCACCACACAGAUGGGUACAACAUCAAGAACCUGGUGGUGAGGCGUGGGCAGGCCUUUCAGCUCCAGCUCAGCUUCAGCAGGGAGCUGAAGGCUGCCGACAAGCUGGCGCUGCGUUUUGGCAUCGGCGAAAAGCCAAUGAAAAUCAGGGGGACCUUGAUGUCGCUGAACCCAAGGCGGGAGCCGGACUACAGCGGGUGGAAAAUCUCCAUCGUGAAGAGCAGCGGCAAAGAGUGUCUGCUGUCUGUCACCAGCUCACCCAGCGCCCCGGUGGGAAAAUACAUCCUGAACGUGAAGACUGGGACUAACAUUUACAAGCCCGAAAACGAUGCUGUCUACCUUUUGUUCAAUCCUUGGUGUGAAAGUGAUGUCGUCUUCCUGGCCGACGAGGCACAGAGAAAGGAGUAUGUACUCAACGAUACAGGCUACAUCUAUGUUGGGUCCGCAUACAGCAUAUACAAUAGACCCUGGAAUUUCGGGCAGUUUGAGGAAUUCAUCUUGGAUGCCUGCAUGUAUCUGCUGGACAAAAGUAAUCUCAGGCUGAGCAGUAGGAGGGAUCCUGUGUUUGUGUCCAGAGCCAUGUCUGCUUUGGUUAAUGCCAACGAUGACAGUGGUGUCCUGCUGGGGAACUGGUCAGGGAAUUAUGACAGAGGGACCUCCCCUCUGGAUUGGAUGGGAAGCGUCUCAAUUUUGCAGCAGUAUUACAAAACGAAGAAACCGGUCUGUUACGGUCAAUGCUGGGUCUUUGCAGGAGUCCUCACUACAGUUAUGCGCUGCUUGGGGAUCCCAUCCCGCUGCGUGAGUAACUUCAACUCAGCGCACGAUACGGACGAGAACCUGAGAGUUGACAUUUACCUGAACGAAUAUGGAGAAAAGCUGAACCGGAUGUCCCUCGACUCUGUCUGGAACUUCCAUGUGUGGAAUGACGUCUGGAUGAAGCGGACGGACCUGCCGUCAGGGUUUGACGGCUGGCAGGCAAUUGAUUCAACCCCUCAGGAGCAAAGUCAAGGUAUUUUCCAGUGCGGUCCAUGCCCGCUGAAGGCUAUCCGAGACGGGGAUGUGUAUUUGCCCUUCGACAGCAAGUUUGUCUAUGCGGAAGUGAAUGCUGACAAAGUUUACUGGGUCGUCAAGAAGGUGAACGGCAAGGAUAAGUACAUCAGGAUUAACACGGAGACCCAAGGCAUCGGUGUGAACAUGAGCACAAAAGCUGUGGGGCAGGACAAGCGGGAAGACAUCACCUCGCAGUACAAGUUCCCUGAAGGCUCUGAAGAGGAAAGGAAGGCCAUGCAGAAAGCUUCCUCCUUCAUACGGCCUCCAGGAAUGGGAAUUCGGGCACGCUUCGCUGCAACCGCACACGGGGAUGACGUGGACUCCAAGCCUGAGGUCCUGCGUGAGACGGUCUCCAAGACUGGGCUGCAGCUUGAGAUAAACAAUACAGAAGUUUUGUAUCCUGGCAAUCCCCUUGAACUGGCCAUCACAGUGAAGACCUCUACUCCUGGCAACUGGACCAUCAAUCUUGCCGGUUCCUGCCAGCUGCAGUCCUAUACCGGGAAAGUUGUGGCCAGCCUUGGAUACGUCAAGGAGACCGUCAAGCUUGAAGGCAAAUCUGAGACAAAGGUCCCCCUGAAAAUCGCAGCCGACUCAUACAUGAAGACACUGGCCUCGGUGGAAGACGAAGUGCUCAUCCACAUCACCGCCAUUGCCGAGGUCCAGGGGACAGAUGACAAACUCACCAAGGAGACGACGAUGAGAUUCGAGUACCCCCCCAUCACCGUCCAGAUGCCAGAAACGGCUAAACUGAACAAUGAGUUCGCCUGUGCCUUCAUCUUCAAGAACAAGCUGAAUGUGCCCCUGGACAACUGCAAGCUGCUGGUGGAGGGCUUAGGCAUAUUUAAGAUGGCAACGUUUGAUCAGGGGGAUGUAAAGCCCGGUAGGAUCAUUAAGUCUGAAAUAAUAUGCACUCCGACAAGAGUAGGAGAGAAGAAAAUAGUAGCCAAGCUGACAUCGGCCCAGGUCAAAGCCAUCUCUACAGAGAAGGCCAUCACCAUCACCGAGUAG